GCUGCGGGGGCCUGCUGCGCCGGCCUCUUAGGUUUACCCGGGGAGUCCGGGGUCAGGGGGAGGCGUCGUACGCCCGACUCGAAUGUUUUCGUGUUGCACGGGGGCCCUGGUCUCGGCCCUCGAGAGCCGGGGCAGGGGAGGGUUCGCGGGGCGUGCAGAUUCGCGACUCUGACUCCUGCGGGGUAUCCGAGUCCUUUUUUAAGAUUCUCUGGAAGGGAUAAUGGCCAGGACCUCUCGCCUCGCCGUGUGGUUACUGAUUCCUGGAACUUGAAGGAUACAUCUACAUUUUUGUUUCAACGAAUUUGAAUUUGGAGAGACAGAAUGGAACAGAACAACAGGGAGGGUGACAGUGUGGCCGAUGGCAAUUUUGACCUUCCCACCAAGAAGACAAUUAAUUUCUUCCCCCCGUUAUACAGACAGCGUUACAGCUUCGUUAACGACCUGGUGAAUCGACAUAAACCCAAGAAGGUGGCAGACUUGGGGUGUGGUAACGCUUUGCUCAUACAGAUGAUUAAAUCACACAGUUGCCUUGAACUGAUUGUUGGAGUAGAUAUCAAUGAAGAUAAAAUAGGAUCGCAAAGAUGUAAAUUGUCUCCGUUCUCCGGGGAUUACCUGAGUCCCCGGGAUCUGAAUUUGUCCAUCAUCUUGUAUCACGGCUCUGCUGUGGAGAGAGACUCUCGCUUGCGUGGAUUUGACUUAGUGACAUGUAUCGAGUUGAUAGAACACCUGGACUCCCAGGACCUGGCCAGGUUUCCCAAAGUCGUGUUUGGGUACCUGUCCCCGGCCAUGGUCGUCAUCAGCACCCCGAACUCUGACUUCAACCCCCUGUUCCCAGUCGUGACCUUAAGAGACUCAGAUCACAAAUUUGAGUGGAACAGGAAGCAGUUUCAGACCUGGGCCUUAGGUGUGGCCGACUUCUACAAUUACUCCGUGGAGUUUACCGGCGUGGGGGAGCCGCCCGAAGGAGCGGGGAAUGUUGGCUACUGCACGCAGAUAGGGGUCUUCCGGAAAAUCGGGGCCCCGGAGACCGCCUCGUGUGCCGCGGAGCAGUGUGGUGAACACGUGUAUAAAGUUGUUUACUCGGUGUCGUACCCGAGCCUCCAGCAGAGGGAAGUGCGCAGACUCGCACUCGCCAACGAGGUGUCUCGGCAAGUCCAGAGCCUGAGACAGAGCUACGUCUCGGGCCUGAGCGCGGCGCAGAGCGGCGACAGGCAGGGCCCGCCGCCGACGAAAGCCAACCGGCUCGCCGCGUUUUCCGGACCAGUCUUCACAGAGCUGGAGAAACGCAACAUAGAGAAGGCUCCCAAGCCCUUCUGCUGCGGGGGGGAGUUUUGCGUGCCGCUGGAGAGGCUCCUGGCGUACCCCAAGGUGAACCGCCUGUGCGACGACGCAGACGCGAUGCGGGCGCUCCUGGAGGGCACCGUGCGGCUGAGCAGGGACGGCUCUGCCGUGACGGUCGACCUGCAGGAUGAUGACGGUCAGUGAGCCUCCCGUCCCGAGCCUCCGGGCC